ACACUAGAGGGAGAAACUGAGUCAACUCAUUGAAUUGAAUGAGCACAAAAAGAACGGCGAAGAAGCACGCGCAAACAGGAAGAAGGAGGCAGCUGCUGGUACCAAAUAUUUGCAGGUUCUAUGCUUCGUCUGAGAACCUCUGAAGAAGAAGAAAAGAGCAGUGAAGUGUCGCAGCUCAGACUGGUGGCGUUUCAAAACGAUGACAGACUCCUGGAUGAGAUGCUCUGCCAGGAAAUCUACAAGAAAGUCAUCAACUGCCGGGGUGGCUGGGGCAUCGCCGGAACGCCGUUGCAUGCCGCCGUGUCUAAAGGUCACCUCAGCUGCCUUCAGGUGCUGCUGAACCAUGGGGCACUUCUGGAUUGUGUGGACGUGAAGGCCCAGACCCCGCUCUUUGCAGCGGUCCGUGGAAAAUACCUCGACUGUGUCUUAGCUCUGCUCAGAGCUGGCGCCAACCCCAACGGCAGCUCCUCCAACAACUGCUCUCCUGUGCUCACUGCUGCUCGGGAGGGCGACGCGGAGAUACUGAAGCAUCUGCUUCAACAUGGUGCUGAAGUCAAUUCCCGUUCCAAGGUCCUGCUCUGGACGUCCAGCGCCAGAGUCUCAAGCGGACCGCUGUACUUGGCUGCUGUUUACGGACACAUGGAGUGCUUUAGACUGCUGUUGCUCUACGGGGCCGACCCAGACUACAACUGCACUGAUGCAAAGCUGCUGAGUUCCAUAAAGCAGCCCAAGACAGUGCUGGAGAUGUGCCUGAGGCAUGGCUGCGGCGUGGAGUACAUCCAGCUCCUCAUUGACUUUGGUGCAAACGUCUACCUCCCCACGCUGAUCAUUGAAAAGUCUACAAAGCAGAAUGAAGCUGUGGAGCUGCUUCUGCAUGAGAGAGGAACUCCAAAGGCCUUGACAUCACAGUGCCGACUCGCAAUCCGAAAAUACCUCAAGAAGAUCAACAAGAUUCACCGCAUCGAGCAGCUGGGGAUGCCGCCGAGCCUCAUGAACUUUUUGCAAUAUAAGCCGCUGACUGUUGCCAUUGUGUAGCUAAAUCUGAAUCAUAAAAAUGUUUCUAUCGGCUGCAGAGCUUGUUGUUCUUGUUCUCCUGAGUCUGCUGUCUUUUUCACUGGCUGUUUGUGUGCACUUGUACGCGAAAGCUGCCUAUUAAAAGACAACGUGUCAGUGUUUACUUCAACUUCAAGAGUCAGAUGAUUGUCACACGUUUUAAGCUCCUCUGAGGACUUUACAGCUGAACA